AUGAGCAACGGACGUCCCAACUUUCCAGCGCACUUGCGUAUUUUCCCCAAUGCGCCACGCGAGACCCAAGACGCAUGGAUGCGCGAUAGUGAGCAGGACAUUGCGCAGUACGGCAUCGCCGGUCGUAUUUGGGAAUCCGCGUUUUUAUGGGCGGCGUAUAUCGAAAAUACGACACACACUUUUGAUCCGCCGCACUCGUGGCUCGACGCCCCUGUGACGUUGCUGGAGCUAGGCGCAGGCGUAGGCACGGCUGGUUUGGCUACCGCGUCGUACCUAGCACAUCGAUCUGCGUGUCCAAGCGAGGCUCAUCAUGUGAUCCUCACCGAUUUGCCCGAGGUCGAAUCGCUGCUACGUCGCAAUGUGCCAUGGACGCCAUGGGCACAAGCACAUGUCCACGUACGCCCCUUGGCCUGGGGCGACGCCGGCCAUGCCGAGGUCAUCCUGCAGACAUGGACACCCACGCACAUUCUGUGCUCUGACUUGAUCUAUUUCCCGGAACUCCUUGCGCCUCUCCUUCGCUCGUUAUUGCAGAUCACACAACAGGCGCCCAACGCCACCGUGUACCUGGCCUACAAAAUUCGCUCCCUGACCAAAGAGCAGCCGUUCUGGACAGGGCUCAGCGCCUGGUUCGAUCUUACAUGGGUGCAAUGUACCCCCUCCGAUCCAGCGGCGCCAUGGCGCCCCUUCGGCACGCAUGCAUCGCAUUUCGCGUACGCACCCCCCUGCGAUGAGACGGGCGCGCCCUUGGACGACUACUUUUUGUUCGCUGCGCAACGCAAAGAAGCGUCGUUGCAGUGGACGUGCCCGGACGAGGACGCCCUGCUACUCCAAGGGCUGUAUAUGGCCGAUGGCCAACCUAUACCCGCGCCGGGCACGGACGCUUUUGAAUGGAUCUUGCUGAGCCGAUCUAUGGAUAACGACGAACUAUAG